AUGAAAGCGGGUAAUUACAGCUGGACGGGAAUAUUGAAAGUAGUGCUGACAAGUGUGGUUCUGCUUAUUAUCCUCAAACUUCAAUGGAAUUCUUUCAAAGACGGAAGGGUUAAGAAGAAGCUUUUGGAAUCGAGAUUUAUACAGAAGUGUGAUCCAGAUGAUGCGGUAAGCCUGUCUUCUAAAAUUUCUGAAGACGUCAUCAUGUUCAGAUUUGCAAGCACUGUCCAUUCUUCCAAGAACGAAUCCAUAAAAUGUUUGAUUGUGUCAGGGAUCGGCUGACCAAAGCACUGAGCUCGGAUGACCUCGGAACAUUUGAUGAUGCUAUUCUGGCGGCCCCAAAAUACUGUAACAUGGAUUGGCUGAGAGAACAACGGACGGUUCAGCUGAUUUCCCUCGGAAAGACUAUGUUAUCUUUGACUCCAUCCAAUCUGAAUGCUCCAAUGACAGCAUUAGUUAUUGGACAUGACCGAACAUUCCUCUUAGAGAGGCAGUUGGCUUUGAAUAUCAGUUCCGUCAAGUAUUACGGAGUCAAUUUUGGCUCAGACAAGGUCAAGGAAGACUUUGUGGAUACAUUAAAUGGGACUGUCCUUCCAGAUGAGAUCAAUACAAUCCCCGAAAAGAUUGGUGAGUGAUAUUGUUUAGAACCAGGAUUUGGAAUCCAUAAAGUAAUAAAAAAUGAAUCCUCUUUAUUAUUCAGCUAUUGCUCUCAGACAAAUUAAUGCGCAUUUUUAGCUUUAGGCCCGUUGAAUAUUCACCUAAGCACUUGCGAUUACUAUGGCCAUCUCUAAUCGGAUGUCUUCAUUUUAAGGGACUUUAGGAUUCUCUGAAAAUAAAUGAAUAAAUGAUAGAACCCUGCUGUAGCUCUUAAAUACCAAAAGCAUGAAAAGAGCACGUUCCCAUCUCCCAUAUUAACUUUCAAUAUUAAUAAUAACAUUAAUCCGCCGAGAAAGGGGGACCUCAAAGUGACUGAGAUUACACUAUUCAACCUUACUAUUAGACCUUGCAGAAAGGAAUUCGAAUAUCUAACAUAAUAUAUGUUUUGGGUGUUAUCCAAAACCAUUUCAGAGUCCGAAGGAACAAUCGCCGACCAAUUCUUCCAGCGAUUCUUCCCGACUCGACCAGUUGACGUGGUCUUCCUAAAUUCCCAAUCAUCUCAUUUAUUCAUCAAUCAAUUGUUAGGUCAAGGGACCCAUGGUUUGGCUAUCCCAAUCUGCCAACUCAACUUUAGAUUGCCAUUACCGAAGUCCGUAUCGGAUAUGAAAGCAUUUACAAGAUGGCUGAAGGAUCUGGCAGUGUCAUUUAGGCCUAAAUUCACUCAAUUUAUACUCGGUCAUACAGCAAUCUCUGAGAGGAAGGGUCAGAAAUCGUUGCAAGCGUAUGUUGUAAACGUCGGGCAUCCUAUUUGCGUGGCCAGGUUCCUACAAAAAAGAGAAUGCCGCGCUUUAAUUGCUACUGAAUUCGACGAAUAA